AUGUGCCGGUGCUUCAAGUGUCCAAUUUCCCCGGCCGCCUUCGAACCACUGGCUGGCUGGGUGGACAACCUCAACGGACCCACCGGACUGAUGAUCGGGUGCGGCAAGGGUGUCAUCCGCUCUGUGCUGGUCAACCAGAAGAACAAGGCCGAGGUGAUUCCCGUGGAUUAUGCCAUCAACGGUCUCAUCGUCAUCCCCUACGAGUUCAACAAGCAGGCCAAGCGGCCGGCCCAAGUCCCGGUCUACAACAUCACGAAUGCGGAUCACCGGAAGAUGACCAUGGGCACGGUGGUGGAGAUGAGCAAGCGGAUCAACAAGCAGAUCCCCUUCAACGCCGGCCUUUGGUACCCGGAUCCUUGCGUGACCACCAACACUCUGUACCAUAGCUUCAACGUGGCCAUGUUCCACUGGCUUCCCGCCUACUUCCUGGACUUUCUGAUGCUCAUUCUGGGCCAGAAGAGAUUCAUGUUGCGAGUGCAGGAGAAAAUCUCCACUGGUCUCGGUGUCCUCCAGUUCUUCACUCUCAAUGCCUGGAGUUUCAAAUCCGACAACUAUGCGUCGCUGUGGAAUAAGCUCAAUGAGGAGGACAAGGAAAUUUUCAACAUGAACAUGAACACCAGCAACACAGAGGAGGAGUACAUGAUUGAGUGUGCCAAGGGUGCCAGGAAGUUCAUUCUCAAAGAGAAGGACGAGGACAUCGACAAGGCCCGGCUGCACAUGAAAAUCCAAUGGGUUGUCGACGUGGUGUGCAAGACUCUCAUCGUAGGACUCUUCUUCUACUACGUCCUCAAGUGGACGGGGGUGCUGGCCCUCUUUUGA